GACAUGUCUGAAACACUGCCUGCCUCUUCUGCAGAACCUAGCGUCACUACGACCACUGCGCCAGCUCCGGCGCCUCAAGAGAAGGCGCCAACGAAGGCCAAGCGAGGAAGCCGGCGUAAGGCUGUGUGUCGUCCUGUGUCGGAACUCAUAAUUAACGCCGUGGCCGCAUCCACUGAGCGAAAUGGGGUGUCUCUAGCGGCCCUAAAGAAGGUCUUAGCUGCCGGUGGCUACGAUGUGGAGAAGAACAACAGCCGCAUCAAGUUAGCCUUGAAAAGCUUGGUAAGCAAAGGUACUUUGGUGCAGACCAAAGGUACUGGGGCUUCAGGCUCCUUCAGGCUCAACAAGAAAGCGUCUCCAGCCGAAACCAAGAAGAAGGCCAAAAAGUCAUCUUCGGUCAAGGCUAAGAAGCCUGCAUCCAAGAAGCCGAAGAAAUCUGGGUCGGUAACUGCCAAGAGCGUGAAAACUCCAAAAAAAGCCAAGAAGUCGUCCGCGGUGGGAGGCAAGAAAACAGCCAAGAGUCCUAAAGCUGGUAAAGCUGCCAAGCCUAAGAAAGUGGUCAAAAGUCCAGCCAAGACCAAGGCAGUGAAACCUAAGGCUAAGGUUGCCAGAUCAAAGGCUGUUAAACCCAAGAAGGUGUUGCCCAAGAAGAAGUAAAUUAGCUGUCGAAUUCUUUCACAACCCCCCAAAGGCUCUUUUAAGAGCCACCCUAACAAUCUUUCAGAGAGCUGCUUAGCGCUUCAUGGGAAGAAAACUUGUCCGUGGUGAUAGCCUACUCAGCACCUUUAUGUUGAAGGCAUUGCCUGGUUGCCUUAGGUGCAACCAAAGUUUAGUAUUAUCUUGGCACUUUAUGCCAUCUGAGUUAACAGGUUUUGUGAUUUUUAAUUUUGUCACAUACGACAUUUGAGUUUUUAACCACCAGUGGGGUCGUUUUUUUAUUGGGUGUUGGGGUACUGGUAAUUAGAAGCAAAUUAGAUUGAAAAUGCUUAAGAUAGGGAGAACUUUGAGUUAGAUUUUUACCUUUGACUUGUAUCUGAAAAAACUGGAUUCUCCUACUGCAAUAAGCUACUUGAAAGUAACUGCAGCUGGAACUUUGAGUCGUUAUAGAUUUUUUUCUAAUGCAACCUUGGGAGAAGAUUGCAGACUGCUGGAGCAACUUUUAACAAUCAAAUGGUUCCUCUAGGAUUUAAGGAACUUGCAACUGAUAAUUCUAGUUUACCUUGUACUAGAAGCUGAAGGAUGAUUACCUAUGGUAACCAGUAGUUAAUGAUAGAACUUGGCUAAAUUUAUAUAUUGUGUUUGUGCCUCACAGAACCCCGUUUGAAUUUUUUGUUCUGCAUUUUUAGAAAUACUGGGAAUCAACUUAAUUUUACAUUUGCAGGGCCCAGGGUUGGUAGGUGUUAAUCUUCCUAGGUUACUAGGUCAAGAGAAUUAAAAUUAACGAAGAAAUGGUAAAAGUUUGUGGGAGUUUUGGGAUGGCAUCAACACCUGGUAGGAUCAUAGAGCUAUAAUUGGAAGAGAGUUUUGCUACCAUCUAGUAGUUCGAUCCCAUUUUAUGUGUUAAGAAACUGAAUCACAGAUUCAGUUCAAUUUUUUACUAAGCUAGGUACAGGGGAAACCAAAAUGGAGUUCAGUUUUCUGCUCCUGGAGCCAGUACCAUUUUUUUCUUAAAUUCCUGUCUAACUUUUUGUGCUUUAUUUCUGUAAAGUGCUUAGUUGUAGCAAUAUACUUUCUAUGUGUGUGGGUGGAUUCACAUAUAUCUUAUAUAUUGGUAAU